GCCAGUAUUUCAAACAUGAUUCGCAUAGCUUUGCUCUUAUUAGCGAUAAACUUAGUGUUCUCUGCUAGGGAACCAAAACAGAUCACUCUAGUAAAUCAAGGGACGAUAUCAGGAGUGUAUAUCACGCGUUUUCGAACAAAGAGAAUUGCUGCGUAUCUGGGGAUCCCUUACGCCCAACCGCCAAUUGAUUUGAGAAGAUUCCAGGCGCCAGAUUAUACAAUUUUGCCAGCGUGGGAGGAUGUGAAAAAUGCGACGAGUUUCGCUCCAGAUUGUAUGCAGAGUGAGCCUAAUGCUGAAGAGGGAGAUGUGCAAAGAGUACAGUUGAGUAAGCAUGAUAAACUGUUUGGUACACUGCUAGAAUCUCAAUUGGAGGAGCCGAGGAAAAAGGAAUUCAGUGAAGAUUGUCUAUACCUGAACGUUUAUGUUCCUGAUGGUUUCAAGAUAGAAGGCUAUCCCACGAUGGUAUGGUUUCAUGGCGGCAACUUCAUGAGAGGCAGUCCCAACGAUUUAAACCCUUUUCAACUGGUCUUGUCCCAAAAAGUGAUAUUCGUCUCAGUAGCCUAUCGGUUGAACAUUUUUGGAUUUUUCUCGACAUUAGACCAAGAGGCUACAGGAAACUACGGCAUACUAGACCAAGUCGCUGCUCUGAACUGGGUAAAAAACAAUAUCGCAGCAUUCGGUGGAGACCCAGACAAUGUUUGCAUUUUCGGACAUGACGCUGGAGCAGUAAGCGUCGGAUUGCACUUGAUUUCAUCUUAUUCAUCGGGACUGUUCCAAAAAGCCAUAGCAAUGAGUGGAAAUGUCUUGUCACCUGACACAGUAAACACGCCUCGAAGAGAACUAAUAACAGUUGAUAAAGUUGCGACAGCCUUCAGUUGCUUCCGAAAACCGUCGUACCAACUACUAGGCUGCCUUCGAAGAGUGCCUUACCAAGCGCUUUUACAAGAGGGAGAAUAUUUAACGGAAUGGAAACCUAUUGUAGAUUUAGGAUUUAGCAACUCCACUACAGCUUUCCUGCCUGACCUGCCGAGCAAGUUGUUCAAAGAUGAAAUCUUUAGUCCAGUACCUGUAUUGACCGGUUACACUAAUAUGGAAGACGCACUUUUGCUUGCUAAGGAUAGCGACGAUACUGGUAUCAGUCAGAAAGAGUUCGAUGCAAUGAGAGAAGAGAUCAUCUUAGCUGAUAUAACAGUAGAUAAUUCCUCAUGUUUUACUAAUCAGCAUCAUAUUCAAGAUGCAGUUUCUUUCUUUUAUAAGCCCAUUCCACCGACGACAAAUGAAACUAUACUGAGAAAGCUAUUCUUGGACUUUUAUACUGAUAAAGUACACGGGGCUACGACUUAUCAGUUAGCUAAACAUCUGAGCCAACAUGCUCCCGUUUAUCUCUAUCGAUUCGAUUUAAAACCAUUCUCAGAUAUAGCUAACGAGGGUAUCCCAGACUGGAUAUCCGUGCCACACAACUUUGAUCUAAUUUACACCUUCGGUUUACCACAUUUAGCUCAGCCCGGAGAUUGGAGCAAGUGGGAUAAACGCGAUAAGAGUAUUUCCGAGAUAAUCAUGAAGAUGUGGUCCAAUUUCGCUUGGUACUCGCACCCGACAAACUCAAGUGUGAGAAUCGAAUGGGAAGCGUUUGAAUUGGAAAAGCCGGGGUACUUGAUCAUAGACCGGAAUAAUUUCACGAUGAGUACGCCAGAAACGAUUAACUAUAAAGCUUUUGAAUUUUGGACUGAUUUUUACCCGAAAGUUGUGGAGAUUGGCACAAAAUGUUGUAAGGAACCAACAGAUGACUCGGGAUCUACGUCAAUAUUACACAGCCGACUUCUCACAAGCUUGCUUACGGUUCACAUUAUAACAUGUCAGCGGGGCUCAUUUGCCGGCAAGAGGCCGAUCGGCUACCCUGAACUACUCAACAGAACUACCACUACAGUUGACCCUCUAGGAAAUCGAUUCGGUGCAGGCGACAGUACCACAGAAAGAUUGCCCGUAGAAGCCAACGGCGACCGCGAUUUAGUCGACAGAAUCAGCAAGUGGCCGAUAGACAAACAACCUUUCUGGUACCUUAAUUGGAAAGCUCUAGAAGAACAGAGGAAAAACCCUCAGACCUUCGCGCAGCGGCCUAGCCAGUUCGCGGAAACACCGAAUUUUAAUACUGGAACACCAAAUUCUAAUGCUGGAACACAGAAUUCUAAUGCUGGAACACAAAAUUCUAAUGCUGGAGCUCUAAAUUCUCGUUUUGGAACGAAUUCUAAUGAUGGAACUCUGAAUUCUAAUACUGGAACACUGAAUUCUAAUCCUGGAACGAAUUUUAACACUCAACCUCUUAAUUCUAACCUUGGAACGCAUUCCAGUACUGGAACCGCUAACGGAGCAACUUUAAAUACUGGAUCACAACAUCCUCUAAACCUUGGACCACGCUUUGGGGACCCUGAUACCGAUUCUGAUGAUGAAGAUCAUCAGAAUGAUCAUGCUGCGAAGGGAAAACAGAUACACCAACAUCAUCAGAUAUAAUACGCAAUUGUAAAACCGCUUUAAAGAUUUUUUUGUUCCAAUCAGAGAAUAGGCGAGACGACUAAAAAAAAACUAAUUAGUCCUUCAGUUAGAUUAUCAAAGAAUUUUAGACACGUAUUUUUUCUUUUUUCUCGUAAACGAAAA